AAUAAAACGUACACGUGUUUAAUUUUAUUAUAGUAUUAGUGAUGAGAGGAAGUAUUACAUAGUCUUAGUGGUAUGGAAUGGAGGUUUUUGGUUCGGAGAACCGUUUGAUUCCGAAGCUGAUAAGAGUGAUAAAUUAAACAUUAAUGAGCAAUUAAACUAACAUAAGAGAGCAAACAAGUAGAAGUUUGGUUGUGGCGGUGACUCUUCUGUUUCGCCUUGUGGUAUAAGGCAAAAUCAUGAAAAAGCAGAACCAUUCACACAAAAGCAAUAAAAUUUAUUCACAAAAGAAUGCUUCUCUUCCAAGCCAGCUAGAGUUAGUUGAUUUGAUAUUGAUAGUGAUAAUUGUUCACUUCCGCCAUUAAAACCACACACCGUUACUCACGAGAAAGCAAAAAAUGAAAAAAUCAUUACUAUAAAACGCAUUAAAACGUUGUUCUUCCACUCUUCUCCAACUUCCAAUGGAGAUUUGUACGACUUCUUUGAUUUUAAUUUUGUGUUUCCUUCAAUCCGCGCAAGCAAUCUUAGAUCCUAUUGAUUUUUUGGCAUUGCAAUCUAUUAAGAGAGCGUUGCACGAUGUUCCUGGUUCAAAUUUCUUUUCUUCUUGGGACUUCACCGAUGAUCCAUGCAACUUCGCCGGUGUUUACUGCGCCUCCGAUAAAGUCAUUGCUCUCAAUCUCGGAGAACCUAGAGCCGGUUCCCCUGGCCUUACCGGAAAAAUUGACAACUCCGUAGGAAAACUCUCUUCUCUCGUCGACUUUACCGUUACUCCCGGUAGAAUUUACGGUCCUCUUCCUCAAUCCCUUUCCAAUUUGAAAAACCUCAAGUUUCUCGGUAUCAGUCGGAAUUUCAUCUCCGGCGAGAUUCCGGCAGGGCUUGGUCAGCUUCGCAAUAUCAGAACCAUCGAUCUAAGCUAUAAUCAGCUUGCCGGAUCCAUUCCACCAUCAAUCGGAACAUUGCCGAAGCUAAACAACCUAAUCCUCCGUCAUAACCGUCUCACCGGUUCGGUUCCCUCGUUUGCAUCGGCUCAAAACUUAAACCGGCUCGAUCUAAAGCACAAUUCUCUCUCCGGUUCACUUGCUCCCAAUUCUCUCCCUCCUUCACUCCAAUACCUGUCUCUAUCCUGGAAUCAGUUUACCGGACCACUGGACCGGGUUUUAUACCGACUAAACCGGCUCAACUACCUUGAUCUAAGCUUAAACCGGUUCACCGGUUCAAUCCCGCCUCAAUUGUUCUCAUUCCCGCUAAUAAACUUACAAUUAGAAAGGAACCAGUUAUGCGGUCCGGUCAAACCUUUCAAUGAAGUUACAAUCCAAACCGUUGAUCUCAGUUACAAUAAGCUAUCAGGUGAAAUAUCACCUUUACUAGCAAGUGUGCAAAACUUGUAUCUAAACAAUAACGCUUUUACCGGCGAAGUUCCCGGUAGCUUCGUGGAACGGUUAUUGGCGGCGAGUAUACAGAUACUGUAUUUGCAGCAUAAUUAUCUCACUGGAAUCGUAAUAAAUCCAACGGCGGAGAUUCCUUUGAGCAGUUCUCUGUGCUUGCAGUAUAAUUGCAUGAUUCCGCCCGUUCAGAUGACGUGUCCUUCCAAAGCUGGUUACCAGAAAAUCAGACCUGCUCGAGAGUGCAACCAACCAUUGAAUUGAAGUCUCAUACCAUAUCAUAUUCUGAUAUUCAGCACUAGUAUAUUCAAGAAUGAGCUAGCUAAUCUUCAAACAUUAAAAUCAUAAACUAUAAUAUAUAGCUUUUUUUGUCUUGCUUUUGUAUUUAAUUAUUAUUAUUCUUUUUGACUUGUUUUACUAAUUCAUUAUUAUUAUUUUAGUAUUUCGAAUGAUAUUAAUAAAAUGAUUCUGAAUA